AUGACAGCUUCUAAGGAUCCCAGUAAGAAGGUCCAGAAGGCAGAUCAGCAAGAUGAGGAGUUUGUGGACAUCAGCACCCCACAGAGGAACUGGAAGGGAAUCGCCAUCUCUCUGCUGGUGAUCGUGGCCGUCUGCUCCCUCAUUACCAUGUCCGUGGUCGUCCUCACACCUGCCGAUCUCCCAGGCAGCAGCAAGUCUGCGCUGACCAUAGAUGAUCUUUACUCUUCAGAGUUCACUGUGCAUGGCCCAGAAGCCAAAUGGAUAAGCGAUUCUGAAGUUGUGUACAGGAACCGAGAUAAUCAUGUUGUGAAAUUUGACUUCAUUCUCAACGAGACUCAAGUCCUGCUUAAUAACACCACCUUUGUGGCGUUUAAGGUGGUGAAGUACUCACUCUCAGCGGACCUUCAAUAUGCGCUCUUUGCUUAUGAUGUCAAACAGAUGUACAGACAUUCCUACCAGGCUUCGUACAUUGUUUACAAUUUAUACACCAGGGAGGUUCUGGAGCUGAACCCUCCAGAAGUUCCGAAUGCUGUGCUGCAGUAUGCUGCGUGGGGAAAACAAGGACAACAACUGAUUUACAUAUUUGAGAACAACAUUUACUACCAGUCGGACGUGAGAAGCAACUCCCUGAGGAUCACCUCAUCUGGCAUGGAGGGAGUAAUUUUUAAUGGGCUUGCUGACUGGCUGUAUGAAGAGGAGAUUCUGCAUUCACAUUUGGCCCACUGGUGGUCCCCUAAUGGAGAGAAACUGGCUUACCUCACCAUUAACGACACACUGGUACCCAACAUGGCUUUGGCCCAGUUCACUGGAAGCACUUACCCCCGAGGAUUGCAGUAUCCAUAUCCCAUGGCUGGUCAGAAAAACCCAUUAGCCAAGUUGUCUGUGGUCAAUCUUUUCGGCGUAACGCACACUGUCGAGCUGCAGCCUCCCAAUGGACUGCAGCUAAGGGAUUUCUACAUCACCAUGGUGAAGUGGAUCAGUAACACGCACCUUGCAGUGCGGUGGAUCACCCGGGCCCAGAAUGCAUCAGUACUGACAGUGUGUGAUGCCGCUGUAGGAGUCUGCCUUGCGAGGCAUGAGGACUCUUCAGAUUCAUGGAUCUCUAGGCAGAACCAGGAGCCUUUAUUUUCGAAAGACAUACGCAGAUUUUUCCUUGCUGUUCCUGUGAGACAAGGUGGUCAGGGUGACUUCCACCACAUCACCAUGUUUACCAAAAAGGUUGGCGGUGACAAGGAUGAAAUGGAGCAUAUAACGUCCGGUGCCUGGGAGGUGACACAAAUUGUGUCUUAUGAUGAAAACAAGCAGGUCAUAUACUUCCUGAGCACUCAAGUUUCAGCACAUCAAAGGCAUUUAUACAGUGUGUCCACCUUGAGUAUGUUUCCAAUGCAAUGCCUGACCUGUGGAUUGCGAGAAGGAUGCACGUUCUUUGAGGCGGAUAUCAGUCCUGACGCGCAGCACGCCAUCCUGCACUGCAAAGGUCCAGGAGUUCCAUCAGUACUUCUUCUCAGCUUGGAUGAGAUGGAAUCCUAUUCGAUCCUGGAGAACAAUGACCUUCUGUGGUCAGUCCUGUCCUCCAAAACAACGGGUCAGACACAAUUCCACACCAUCCAUCAGAACAACUUUGAACUGCCUCUGAAGCUCAUCCUUCCUCUUGAUUUCUCUGAGUCCUCCCUCUAUGGCCUUCUGCUCAUCAUUGGCAGCUUUCCUGGGGGUCAGGCGGUCACAGAAGAGUUUAGACUGGACUGGGGUUGGGUGCUGGUGGGGUCAGAGGAGGUGAUUAUAGCUCAGCUCGACGGUCGGGGUUCAGCGUUCCAAGGUCAAAGGAUGUUGCAGCAACUCCAUCAGAAUAUUGGGCAGGUGGACGUUGAGGACCAGAUAGCUGCUCUGGCGUACUUGCUGAAGCUGCCCUUCAUCGACCCCACCAGGGUCGGUGUUUUUGGCGAGGACUAUGGUGGUUACUUGACACUCAUGCUGCUCAAGUCAACAGAAGGGAUGAUCCGAUGUGCCGCAGCGCAGUCUCCUGUUGUUGACUGGACCAUGUAUGCGUCUGCAUUCUCAGAGCGAUAUUUUGGAUUGCCUUCAAUUGAGGAAAACAGAUAUCAAAUGUCCAAAGUUCUUCCAGACAUGAGAGGCCUGCAGGGAGGAACUCUGUUUCUCGCCCAUGGGACUGCCGAUGCAAAUGUUCACUUUCAACACUCAGCGGAGCUUAUCAAACACUUGAUCAGGAUUGGCGCCAACUACACCAUGCAGAUUUACCCUGAUGAGGGCCACUUCCUGUCAAGACGCAGCCAGAUUCAGCUGAGGCAUUCUUUGAUUGCUUAUUUUAGAGGUUGUCUGUUGGAUGGAUCGUCAUUACUGCAUGGGCAAGCAGAGGAUGACUGA